AUGCAGUAUGUUCGUAGCAUCAGCGGCUCGGUCUCCAAGACAUGGAACUCAAUCAACCCGGCGACUCUGAGCGGCGCGAUCGAUGUGAUUGUCAUUGAACAAGAGGAUGGUACUCUUGCCUGCUCGCCGUUUCACGUUCGCUUUGGAAAGUUCUCUCUUCUACGCCCAUACGAGAAAAAGGUUGAAUUCAAGGUCAAUGGAGUGAAGCAGGACUAUGCGAUGAAAUUGGGCGAAGGGGGCGAAGCCUUCUUCGUGUUUGAAACAACAGACGACAUCCCCGCGUCCUUGCAAACGUCACCCUUGGUGUCCCCUGCGGCUAGCCCACAGGUCCCUGUGCAGGAUCUUGAGUCCAAUCUUCAGGAGCCUGAGUUUCUGGACCUUGCAAAGAACCCCAGUGAUGGUCUAUCAGAAGGCGCAAAGACCCCACCGGGACUUCAGCUAUCGAGGCAGUCGCGGACAGCCACGGAUCUGGGUACAAUCACACCAUUGUCACGCUCUCCUGCGGAUUCAGACUCUCCCUUCAGCCCUGGUCCGACCAAACCCACACUCGACCACUCACUCUCGGACAACGUGAUCCCCGCUAGCGGCAGCCGAUCCGAUGACGGGAGAGUGGCAUCCAUCGCUAGUGCUGAGUUGACACUUGAAGAUGAUUCAGGCCAGCGAACGCGGUCCCGAAGCCCACCUCCACUGUCGCCCCAGGAGGCCAUGUCUCGUGCAAUGUCGCUCUCGAAGAAGCUCUCAAGCUCGAACAUACCUUCACACAUCACUGAAACUGGUGAUCUCAUGUUGGAUAUGACAGGAUACAAAAGCAACGAGGAAGACGCCAUCCGGGCCGAGGUUCUCGCACGCAAGAUUCUUGCCGAAGAACUGGAGGGCAGUUAUGACAUUGGUGCGCUCAUCGGAGCUGAUGAGCAUGGAAAUCUUUGGAUCUACAGCAGCGAGGAGGCGAAGCAAGCCGCUUAUCGUACAACAGCUCUCAGAUCGAUUCGAUCCACACAGUCAGGCGAUGACGAUGCGGUCUCGGAUCCUGGCUAUCACAGCGAGGGUGAGCGUCCUACUCUGGAGCCUACAAUGGGGACGCGUCACCAUCGGACCAAGUCUGAUGUCCAGCCGGGCUUCCCAACCCCGCCGCAGUCUCCAAUGGAAGAUUCUUUCCCAGCCGAAACCCGCAAUUAUGCCAAGACGCUGCGUUUAACGAGUGAUCAGCUCAAGGCGCUAAAGCUCAAACCGGGGCCAAACUUCAUGUCUUUCAGUGUUAACAAAGCAACUUGCACAGCAAACAUGUUUCUCUGGAAUGGCAACGUGCCUAUCGUCAUUUCCGAUAUUGACGGCACAAUCACAAAGUCUGAUGCACUUGGCCAUGUGCUCAACAUGAUCGGGCGCGAUUGGACUCACGCCGGCGUUGCCAAACUCUAUACCGACAUUGUCAACAACGGUUACAACAUUAUGUAUUUGACCAGUCGGUCUGUUGGGCAAUCGGACACAACGCGUGCGUAUCUGAAUGGGGUGUGCCAGGAUGGAUAUCGUCUGCCCAAGGGGCCCGUCAUCUGCAGUCCGGAUCGCACCAUGGCGGCCCUGAGACGGGAGAUCUAUUUGAGAAAACCCGAAGUCUUCAAAAUGGCCUGUCUGCGUGACAUCCUGGGCCUCUUCGCAGGGAAAGAGAAUCCAUUUUACGCUGGGUUCGGCAACAGAUUGACUGAUGCGCUGAGCUAUCGAUCGGUCAACAUUCCUUCAACCCGUAUCUUCACAAUCAAUUCGAAUGCUGAAGUCUCCCUUGACUUGCUCAGCUUGAACAAGUACAAGAGUAGCUAUGUCACCAUGCAAGAGCUGCUGGAUCACUUCUUCCCUCCAGUCGGCCUUCUGGUCCAGUCGGGAGGCGAAGGUUACACCGAUUUCUUGUACUGGCGUGACACACCGCAGGAUCUUGAAGACUUCUCCUCCACCGAUAGUGAAGAUGAAGAAGAGCCUGCAGAGGAUGAUCUCCUUGAGGAAGAGGAUGACGCCGACGAGGAAGAUUACGAAGAUGAUCUGAGCGACGAGGAAGGAAGUGAAUACCUCGACGAUGGGGCUGCAGACGAAGAAGGUACCGACUUGGGUGCUAGCUAUCUUUCACAAGUCUCCGAGGCCUUGUCUCAGCCGGCUGAAUCAAUUGAAAAGUCCAUCGAAGACGAACGACUGGUUCUCGAAGAUGAUGAAGAGCUAGAGGCUGAAGUGGAUGCGGUGCUGGAAGGUAUCGUGCCGUCCACACAAACAGGGGCUAUUACUCUGCCUCUUCGGCCCAAGUCUCGGGAUCUCUGA